GUUAUCGAGAAAAGACGAAGAGAUCGGAUUAAUAACUGUUUAAUGGAACUAUCUCAAGCAGUACCUUCUGUUUUCGCCAAACAGUCUUCAGGAAAGUUAGAAAAAGCCGAGAUAUUAGAGAUGACAGUCGAAUAUUUAAGAACAAUACAAAGAACAGAAAGUGGGUCGAAACACGACACAAAUUUUUGUCAGAAUUAUGAGCUGGGGUAUAACGAAUGUAUGAGAGAAGUGGUCCAUUACAUGACUGAUAUAGAGGGCCUGGGACUCAACGAUUCGAGAUGCGUUAGAAUACUAUCGUAUCUUCAG